CUACUGUCUGUCAUCUAUAGUCUUUGGAGGCGGCAACUUUUCCCGCGUAAAUUGGUCAUUGUUUGUGAUAUUGCUGUGUGUGGUGUAGUUUAUUUUGACCAAGUAGUGGGAAUUACUGUUUUUGUUUUACCAUGAGUAAUCCACCGUCUGUUGUUCCACCAUCACCUGGUGGGUCAGAAGAUGGCUCAGACUUUGAAGGCCCAUUUCGGAUGCGCCCUUCUCGAGACGACGAUAUCCAGUCUCCUUUCACCCCGCAUGAUGCAAGUCGAGGGUCAGGGGCAAGUGAUGAGGAAAGUGAUGGAGAGGAGCUCUUUGGAGACAAUAUGGAGAAUGAUUAUCGUGCAAUACCAAAGCUUGAUCGAUAUGCGGAUGAAGGCCUGGAUGAUUUUGACUAUGAUCCAAUAUCAAUGGCAGAUCGUUUGGCGGCUGAAAUUACAAUGAAAAGACGUGAAAGAGAAGCAGAUGCUCGCCGAGAUGACUUUCAUCUUAUUUAUGAUCCAAGUGAUGAUGAAGAUGCGCCUACAAAGAGGAAAAGGAGAUUGGCAGAGAAGUCUGCUGCUGGGGAGCUUGGAGAAGAUGAAAUGAUUGAAUCCUUGGAAAACCUUGAGGAUACUAAAGGACAUCCAAUUAGAGAAUGGGUCUGUAUGUUAGGUCCACGAACUGAAAUAAUGAACCGUUUUAGGCAUUUUUUGCGGACAUAUACUAACAAAAAAGGUCAAGCAGUGUAUAAAGACCGAAUUCGUCGCAUGUGCGAAUACAAUCAAUCCAGCUUUGUUGUUGACUUCCCACAUCUAGCAUUCAAAGAACAAGUGCUGGCAUUUUUCCUUCCUGAUGCUCCAAUAGAAAUGCUGAAAAUAUUUGAUGAAGUAGCUACAGAGUUGGUGUUUAACAUAUUUCCAAGUUACGGGAGAGUUACAAGUGAAAUUCAUGUCAGAAUUGCAGAACUUCCACUGAAAGAAGAGAUACGUUCAUUGAGGAAAGUACAUCUAAAUCAGCUGGUCCGUACUAGAGGUGUGGUUUCAACAACUACUGGUGUUCUGCCACAGUUAUCACUUGUGAAAUAUGACUGUAACAAGUGUGGCUGUGUGUUGGGUCCAUUUGUACAGAAUCAAAGUGAAGAUCUUAAACCUGGAUCAUGUCCAGAAUGUCAAAGCAGAGGGCCUUUCAUGGUGAAUAUGGAGGAGACCGUUUAUCGUAACUUCCAAAAGAUUACAAUUCAGGAGUCACCAGGGCGUAUUCCCGCCGGUCGUAUUCCACGAUCAAAGGAAUGUAUACUAUUGGGUGAUCUUUGUGACAGGUGUAAGCCAGGUGAUGAGAUAGAUCUCACAGGAGUAUACACAAAUAACUACGAGGGCUCCUUAAAUACAGAACAGGGAUUCCCUGUCUUCAACACUGUUAUCUUAGCAAAUUAUAUUGUUGUAAAAGACUGCAAGCAUAUUGUUGAGUCAUUAUCAGAUGAUGAUGUACAUGCCAUCAUGAAGUUGUCCAAGGAUCCACAGAUUGCUGACAGAAUAAUUUUUAGCAUUGCACCAUCCAUAUAUGGCCAUGCUUUUAUUAAAAGGGGUCUGGCACUUGCAUUAUUUGGAGGAGAACCAAAAAAUCCUGGGCAAAAACACAAGGUGAGAGGUGAUAUCAACAUGCUGAUUUGUGGAGAUCCUGGUACAGCAAAGUCACAGUUUCUUAAGUAUACAGAGAAGGUAGCUCCCCGAGCAAUAUUCACAACAGGCCAGGGGGCAUCUGCUGUUGGUCUGACUGCGUAUGUGAAUCGAAACCCCAUUACACGUCAGUGGACGCUGGAGGCUGGAGCACUUGUCUUGGCCGACAGAGGUGUCUGUCUCAUUGAUGAAUUUGACAAGAUGAAUGACCAGGACCGAACAUCCAUUCACGAAGCCAUGGAACAACAAACCAUAUCUAUUUCCAAGGCUGGCAUUGUCACCUCGCUACAAGCACGAUGUUCUGUUAUUGCUGCAGCCAAUCCAAUUGGUGGAAGAUAUGAUGCGAGCAUGACCUUCAGUGAAAAUGUUAAUCUCUCGGAACCAAUUUUGUCAAGAUUUGAUAUUUUGUGUGUUGUGAGAGAUGAAGUUGAUGUGAUGCAAGAUGAACAGCUUGCUCGAUUUGUCGUGAAGUCUCAUAGGAAGGUUCAUGCAAUGUACAGACCAUGCAAUUACGCAGAUGAGCCACUCCCAGAUCCAGGUCUGAAACAAGUUGAUGUCAUACCUCAGGAUCUGCUUAAAAAAUAUCUACUUUAUGCACGUCAAAAUGUCCAUCCAACACUCAAAAACAUUGACCAGGAUAAAAUCGCAAAUAUGUACAGCAAAUUACGCCAAGAGUCUCUUGUGACUGGAAGCCUUCCAAUUACUGCAAGACAUAUAGAAAGUAUAAUUAGAAUGUCUGAAGCUCAUGCAAGGAUGCACCUGCGUGAAUAUGUACAAGAAUCGGAUGUCAACAUGGCUAUAUGCAUGAUGUUGCAGAGCUUUAUCCAGACACAGAAAUACAGUGUCAUGAAUGCUAUGAAAACGACAUUCCAGAAAUAUCUUUCAUAUGACAAAGACAAUAAUGAAUUGCUGUACUACAUCCUACAGUCCAUGACAAAGGAUCAAUUGAUUUUCAUGAGAAGUUUACAUGGAACAAAAGUUCGUAUGCUGAAGCUGAGAGAGAAAGACUUCUUAGAUAAGGCCAGAGUCAUUGGUAUUACUGAUGUAUCAACAUUUUUCAAGUCUCAUAUUUUCACUGGUAAUGGUUUCAAGUAUGAAGCUGACAGACAUCUGAUAAUCAAGAAAAUAAUACACCCAGAUAAUGAAUGAACCUUCAGGGUAUAUGUUCCAAAACAGUUGUUUUAAACAAUCUCAGUGAUCUGUUGGAGACGAGAUUGGCUUUCCUAGUGAGCUCAUCUCAUUCACAUCUGAUGUGUAUACAUAUUGUAUAAAUUGCAGUUUUCUGCCAAAGUGCUUUCUGUCAGGUGUUUGUGUGUGUGUGUGUGUGUGUGUGUGUGUGUG